AUGUCUAAACCACUUCCACUAGAAAUUAUUCAUCCAAUCGUUCUUUAUUUAAAGGAUGAUAAAAAAUCUCUUCAUUCUUGUUUAUUAGUUUCUCGUGAUUGGUGUAGAGGAACGGUAAAUAUAUUAUGGGAACAACCAUUUCACUUUUUAUACACUUGUAAUAACAAUAAGAAAAACAUUAUAACUUCUUCAACUUCUUUAUCUAAUCUUUCUAAUCUUUAUAAUACAAAUUAUAAUUCAAUGAAUAAUAAUAAAUGUCAAUGUUCAGAAAAGAAACGACAACUUCAAGCUACUAAUUUAUUGAUAACUUAUUUAUCAAUUAAAUAUAAUAAUGAAUUAAUUGAAAAAAAUAUUAUUACAAAUAUUAUGACAAAAGGAGAAAAUAUGAUGUUUAAUUAUUUUGAAUUUUUAAAAUCAUUAGAUUUAUUAGAAUUAUAUUCUGCCAUUCAAGAUUGGAUUCAAUGGAUGAAUAUUAAUAAAUCAAUGAAUUCAUCAAUUUUAAAUUCAAAAAUUAAUAUGAUUUUUAAUAAAGAAUAUCCAUCAUUAAAAUAUAAUAUAUUUGAAUAUUUUUUCACUUAUUCAUUAAAAUUAAAAUUACUUUCUUUUGAUGAAGAAUUUAUUUUACGUAAGUUUGAUAAUAAUAAUAAUUAUAAUAAUUAUCCUUGUUCAUCUCUUAUUAAAGAAAAAUUACGUGAUAAUAGUUGGCAUAUUUAUUUAAUUUUAAAUAAUUUAUUAGAAUUAAAAAAUCCUGAAAUUAAACAAAUUUUUAUUAAUUUAUCUGAACUUGUUUUUACUACAAAAAGUAAAAAAAUUCAAUCAUUAUUUUUAAUUUCAAAAAAUUGUCAUAAUAUUCAAAAAUUAAUUAUUAGAAUCAAUUGUGAUUUUCGAAAUUUAUAUGAUGAAACGAAUCAACUUAUUUCUUUAAUUGAAUCUCAACAAAAUUUAAUUUAUUUUGAAUUAAUUGAGAAUCGUACUUAUACAAAUGAAAUUUUAAAAUCUUUAAAAGAAUUUCAAUAUAAUUCAUUAAAAACUUUGAUUCUUAAAGAUGUAUUUAUUAGUAAAGAUGAUAUUAUUUUAUUUAAUUUGAAAAUUUUACAAGAAUUAAGAUUUAAUAGAUGUGUUUAUUCAAAUAAUAAUCGAUUUAAUGAUGAAAAGAAAAAUGAUUGGGUAGAUUUAUGGUUACCGAAUCUUAAACAUCUUGAAGUGGAUUUUUUAGAUAAGUAUAAAGAAGAAUCCAAUGAAUUAUAUUCUAUUUUACUUAGAAGUUCUCCUUUAAUUAGCAACAUUUAGUGUGAUAGUCAGUAACCUAAUAUGAAAUUCAUGUUCAUUGAUUGUAAUUUCCAAAAGUCAUACGUAAUAAUGUAAAUCAAGAUAAUAUCGAUCGAAAGAAUAAAUAAAAUCAACGAUUAUUAAAAUAAC